AUGGCAAUACAUUUUUCUGGAAACAGUCCAAUGACAAAUUUAGGUAGGUUUAGUAUAUAUACCGAAGGGUGGCAUACAGAAAAGUAUAUUCAGUCUUUGAUCGUCGAGCUGAACAGAACUAACAGGUGGCUUCGAGACAUAAUGGCUUCCACCGCUAUGGUAAGGAGACGAAUAAAAUAUUUGAAUAUUUUUUUUUUUUUAGCUAUGGUUGUUUAACUAAAGUUAUAUAACUAUAUUUUUCUCAUAAAUAUAAUUGAAUAUUAAUUUAAUACAUUUUUAAACUAUCAAAGAAGUUGCAGGAUAAUAGUAAUAUUAUUAACGAAAUUUUCCAUAAUAUGUUUGAUAAAAUAACACCGAUAGUAUUUAUUUAUUUCAAAAAUCACUUUAAUUUAUUAAAAUUUUAAAAAUACUGAAUCCCACUACAAAAAUGUUAAUUUAAUUUGCAUAAAUACUAGAAACCAUUUAAUAAUAUAAAAGUAUAUUUAAAUACAAAUAAAAAAUUGUAAAUCGACAUUUUUCAUUUGAUUUUUUUUCAGAUUCAAAUAGUUUUACUAGGGCUCCUCGUGGUAACUACCGCCUUUGCGGAUACUAAACCAUUAAAUAAAAACAAUAAAAGAUAUUCUCUGGAUGCAGAAAAUAUUAAUUUGUUUUCUUCUAAACCAUCGGCAUUCUCAUUUGGUGCUAAGUCAUUUAGUCCAUCACAAUACUUCGGUCCAUCUACACCAGCACCCUUCAUAUUCGACAGUUCGUUAUCGAGAACUUCUGCACCAUUCAAAUCUAUUUCAUACUCCAGCUCUACUCCAGCUCCAUUUAUAUUCGGCAACUCGUUUUCGUCGAGUUCCUUUUCCAGAGGCGCUGCAGCUCAUGCUUUCGAUAGAUCUUCCACACCUGCACCCUUCCUCAGUGGAGAUUCAUUCAUUGGAUCGUCCACACCAGCUCCACUCCUCGACGGAGGAUCCAUUAUUGGAUCAUCCACCGCGGCUCCGCUUCUAGAUGGAUCCUACGUUUCUUCCACCCCAGCAGCUUUAAUUGGGUCAUCUACACCAGCGUCUUUCUUAUCCGGUGCCGCCGUAUCAGAUGCAGGUUUCGCAUAUUCGUCGACGCCAGCGUCAGUUUUGUUAGGAGGAGGAUCGGUCGUUUCAUCUACUCCGGAACCAGUUGUCUUGAACAGAUCACCAGCGUUUGAAACUUCUUACGGUUCUGCGUUUUCUGGAAUUAAUGCCCCGACAUUCGCACAAGGAGCUACGAUUUCCAAAUCUGAAUUGAUAAACAAUGACGCCGCCGCAAUAUCGGUCGCCAGCGCUCCUGCGCCUCAUCACGAAAUCACCAUCUCAAAAGAGGUUCCAGUGCCGUACUACGUCCAAGUAGAAAAGAGAAUUCCGUACCCCGUUUUGGUCCGUGUACCACACCCGUACCCGGUGACAGUAGAAAAGCACGUACCUUAUGCCGUUCGAGUGAAUGUCGAUCGUCCAAUUCAUGUUCCUCAACCAUAUCCAGUAGAAAUCGAGAAGAGAGUGCCAUACCCAGUGGAANCGAAAAGCCCGUUCCAUACCCAGUACGAGUGAACGUCGACAGACCUUACCCUGUCGAAAAACCAGUGCCGUACCCAGUUACCGUAGAAAAGCGAGUACCUUACCCCGUAGAGAAAGCUGUCCCAUAUCCGGUAGAAAAAUUGGUGCCGUACGCAGUCGAAAAACGCGUUCCUUACCCAGUCAAAUACGAAGUACCCGUUAAAGUACCUGUACCAGUUGAAGUUAAGGUUCCGGUAACCGUUGACAGACCGGUGCCUUAUCCAGUAGAAAAAAGCGUCCCGUACCCGGUUCAAGUUCCGGUCGAAGUUAAGGUUCCCGUACCUGUCUCCGCUCCAACUCAACGAUUCGCCACCGUCCACUACUAUCAAGGGUCUCCAGCAGCUUUAGGAUAUGGCUCCUCUCAAGCUCUUAUCGGCAAGUCUGGAUACAAUCAAUUCUUAUCCGGUGCCGGUCCAACGUACGGCAGUUCAUUGUACAGCGCCAAUUCUAGCCCUGCUAGCUUCUACAGUUCUACUCCCGCUUCGGCAAGUUUGUUCGGUUCCUACGCGGGUGCAUUAAGUGGAUACAGCUCAACCGCUAGCCCACUAAACGCGUACAGCUCGACUGCAGCCACUCCAUUUGAAUUGCUCAGUUCAAAUGUCGCUCAAGGAAGUUUUGUAAGCUCAACAGCAUCUCCUUUCGGUCUUGGUGAAAAAUCGUUUUAUGAGUCUUCUUCAUCAACCCCUUUCAAUUCAUUUUCUUCUGAUUUAUCCUCGGCUAAUUUUGCCUCAGGUAAUUUUGCCACAGGUAAUUUUGCCUCUAGCAAUAUAGCUCCGAGCAACUUUGCUGAUCUAGCAUCUGCUAAUUUAUCUCCAGCUGAGUUAACCUCAACUUCAACUGAAUCCUCGUCAUCUACUAGCUCAGAAUCCACCGAAAGUGAUGUUGUUGUUAUUGGUGGAGCUAAAAAGUCCGAAGAAUCAGACUCAGCCGAAGAUAUUGACACUGAAAAAAAGUAG